UUUCUUUAGGUUCGCUUUCUCUGAAACAAUAUUCUGUAGAGUGAAGAAGGGCAUUGGUAAUGGUUACCUAAAGCUUAAUUAGGUCACUGGUAAUGGUGACCUAAUCUUGGAGGGGCUUAAUUAGGUCACCAAUGGUAUCUUAGUAGCUUCAAAACUUCGGAGACUGUAAAUGGAGGAUUUUGUAAUGAUUUUGGCAUUCUCCGAUACCCCUUUAAUAAUAUCCAUAGCUCCAAUUUUCUCUAACAUCGGUGCAAUGCAAUGAAAUCGCUGCACUCACUGUUCAAAAGACUGUCCUGUGUUUUUCCAUAAAUAGCUUACCUGCGGCCUCCAUCCAGGCUGAUGCACAGAGAAUUCUCUUUCAUCAUUUGCAGUCAAUAGGACUACGGAGAGGAGAGGAGUCUCUGCACCGUCAACAGAUCAUUGCGCGUGUGUUCGCGGUUGAAAUUGUCUGUGACUGUGACUCUGAUCAUGUGUUUUGACUGCCCAGCAACCGUCGAAGUUCUCGAGAAAAUGAGUUCGUUACCUCCAAUCGUCGCCGCCGCCGGUGAAGAAGAGACAGGACAUGGUCGUCGUCUAUGUUCCAGUUACUAUUAUCACUGCGUAGCAGCUGAUGUACUUUCAUAUUCUAAAGGAAGCCCUUCAAUAGAAUCAGUACCUCACGUCCACAAUCUCACAAGCUUUUGAUUUUUCAGGACCAAAUUCUAGAGCACACAACUUUUGCAGUCCUUACUUUGUGAGGAGCAAUAACCCUCGUGGAAGAAAGAAAGGUAAAAGCAAAAGGAAAAAGAAUGUGAUUGGUCAGUUUUGCAAUUCUCUACCUUAGGACUGAUUACCACCUAUUUAGGGUUUCCGGAUCCGUCUAUAAUAAAAAUGGCUGCGAAUCAAGUCUCCAUUGAUGUUCAUGACCACGGUAUGGCUCUUGAUGGGCAAAGGGGGAGAGUUAAGUGCAAUUAUUGUGGUAAAGUUAUGAGUGGCUUCACCCGCCUUCGUUACCAUUUAGGACGCGUAAAGGGAGAUGUAUCUCCUUGUAUGGAAGUUCAUACAGAUGUGAUGGAACUAAUGAGAAACAGGAUACUUGAAACAAAACAAGGAAAUUUGAGCAAGGAAGUUGGGGAGCUGUGUUUCCCAAAUCUUCCUUGGAAGAGGAAUUGCUCUCCUCACUCGAAUGGUGAUGGCAAUAAAUUGGAAACCACUCAAACAGCUGUAUUUGGGUGCAAGAAACGUGCUAAGGUGAACUCUACAUCAAAAAACAGUGAUAUGGCACCUACUUCUUUUUUCUGAGGGACAAACAGGUUCCCUAGCAGCCACCGAUGGAAUAGAAAGUUCAUUGUCGCGUGAAGCUCAAAAAUGCAUUGGCAGAUUCUUUUAUGAAUCUGGCAUUGGUUUUAGUGUGGUGAAAUCUCUUAGCUUCCAGAAAAUGAUUAACACCACCCUGGCUUGUGGUAAAGCUGGAUGUAAGAUCCCCACUUGUCAGGGAUUAAAAGGUUGGAUCCUUCAGGAAGAAGUAAAAGAAAUGCAACACUAUGUGACAGAGAUCAGAGAGUCAUGGACAAACACGGGGUGUAGUAUAAUACUGGACGGAUGGAUCGACGGGAAGGGUUGAAUCCUGAUCAAUGUUCUGGUGGAUUGCCCACAAGGACCUAUUUAUCUGCGGUCAUUUGAUGUUUCAGACUAUGUUGGAAAUGUUGAUGCCUUCCAGUUGUUUCUUGAUGAAGUUAUUGGGGAGAUUGGGGCUGAGAAUGUGGUAGAAAUUGUUACAUAUUCUGCAUUAGCCUGGAUGGAGGCUGCAGGUAAGUUAUUUAUGGAAAAACACUGGACAGUCUUUUGGACAGUCAGUGCAUCUCAUUGCAUAGCACUGAUGUUAGAGAAAAUUGGAGCUAUGGAUAUUAUUGAAGGGGUAUUGGAUAAUGCCAAAAUCAUUACAAAAUUCAUUUACAGUCAUGCAGCAAUUUUAAAGCUUCUAAGACAUCAUACUAAUGGCUGUGUCCUAAUUAAGCCUUCCAAGAUUAGGUCAGCGAUGCCCUUCUUGACUUUAGAGAAUAUUAUGUCUCAGAAGGCGAACCUAAAAAAAAUGUUUGUUUCUUCCAAGUGGAAUAGCUCAAUCUGCGCUUCUAGCAUGGAGGGGGAAAGAGUAGCUAAUUUAGUGGCGGGCAGCUCUUUCUGGUCUGGAGCCACUAUGGUUUUGAAGGCAACUAUCCCACUGGUGCGUGUUUUGGAAUUAAUCAAUGAAAAUGAUAAGCCAAAACUAUGUUAUAUAUAUGAAACAAUGGAUCAAGCUAAGGAAACAAUUAAAGAGGGAUUUAGAAAGAAGGAAGUGAAGUACAUGCCGUUUUGGGAAAUUAUUGAUGAGAUUUGGAACCAGCAUCUCCACAGUCCUCUUCAUUGUGCUGGUUACUAUUUGAACCCAGUUUAUAUAUAUUCAAGUGAUUUCUUCAUUGAUAAUGAGGUUUCCAGUGGCCUUUUGUGCUCCAUUGUCUGUAUGGUGGAAGAUAAACAUGUCCAAGAUUUGAUUUCGCUACAAAUUGAUGAGUAUCGAAUGGCUAAGGGUGCCUUUGGUCCAGGAAGUGCCAUUGAUCAGCGAUUGAAUGUUCCUCCAGCUGUUUGGUGGUCCAACUAUGGAGGAGAAUGUCCUGAGCUGCAGAGAUUGGCCAUUCGAGUUCUAAGCCAGACAUGUGAUGGUACUUCAAAAUAUGGGCUAAAGAGGACUUUGGCUGAGAAGCUCCUCACAAAAGGAAGGAAUCGUAUUGAUCAAGAACGAUUGACUGAUCGUACAUUUGUUCAUUAUAAUAUGCAGUUGCGGAACUUCAAGUUGGGUCUUAAUGAUGGCAUUGUGAUUGAAGAAAUUGACCCUAUGGAUGAUUGGAUUGUGUCCCAGAGUGAUGAAGGAACAUGGAUGGACGUGUACUGUGGAGAUACAACCACCAGUGGAGGGGCUAUUAAUGGAGAAGGGCCUUCUACUUCUCAUUCAGGACAGGAGCCGCCAAGUGAGUAGGUGUCUUGUUUAAUGCUUUUUUAGUCAUCCCAAUGAGUUGGCUGGUCUUCAUUGAUAAGACAGAAAAUGGGUGACAAGCCUAUUUCAGUGAUGUGACAGUGUUUGCGCUCAGCAACACCAUGUUGCUAUUUUGCUCUGUUUUUCUGCCAGACCAGAAUCUUGACCUCCAAUCGAGCUACGAGCAGGAGUAGGUAGGCGGCUAGGGGGGAGGGGCGGCCUUUUCAAUCAAUCUCCUGCCGCUCAGUGCCGCUAUUGGUGCGAGUUGUGAGGAAUCUUGGUCUCGAGUUGAGCUGGGGCAUCAUUUCAUUCAAACAAAGUGGAAAAAAAGGAGAGGAUGGCAUCAGAUGGAAUGAAGACUUGAAACUAGUAUUUCAUAAGGUGGUACUCAUUUGUUUAGCGUUUGUGUUUCUAAAAUAAUGCGACCAUUUGUAACGGAGCUUGCAGACUUGUUCGUUUAUUUGUGUUUUAAGAAUUAAGAAAAAGUACUUUUGCAUGAGGAGGUUUAUAUAAAUUUCUUCUUGUGAAGAAAUGUUCAUGAUAGAGAGGCAUUCAAGGUUCAGAUGAUGUUCUGACCACCCAUUUAUUGUCUUAAAUUCACAAAGAAUUGUGUCGAAUAGCUUGUUUUGAUCCAGAAGGAUUGAUUUUGAUAUGGAGGGAAAACCAUUCUGGACACCACGAAGGGAAGCUAACGACGGUGAGCUGGAAACCCUCGGCAGCUGCAAUUCGAGUGAUGGAGUGGGACCUUCCUCCUCCUUUCAUCCUCGUCGCCUUCUUCCUCAGUACAGACCAACUAUGCUCUGGCCCUCUGGGUGUCAACCAGAGCACCAUUCCUGUGUCUCAAUGAUGGGGCCCGUGUCUCAAUGAUGGGGUUGGGCUUACCUUGUGUCAAUUUUAUGUUCAUUAAUCAUUUUAGAGUUUUGCUUAUUAUGUUUUAUAGAAUAUAUAUUUUUUUUUAUUAUUGUAAGAAUUUUGUAAAUUGCUAUUAAUAUUUACUCUUGUAAUUUGUUUAUGUUAAUUAAUAUAUAUAUCGUUGUGGCUUAUA